GUCAGUAAGGUGUCCUGAGAAGGGACUAGCAGAGGUGACCCAGGUCAGCCCUACACUUUGGAUUAGGCUGAGAGGAGCCCAUUGACGUCUCUUCCCCGAUCACAUGUGUGCCCGGAGAUUGUACAAUUCUCUCUGCUGGAGGAAGUUGUUUGAGGUGGAUUAAGUAAUGCUCCUCCGCCUUAAUGUCAUGGUGAUCUCAUACCUUUGUGCCAUCAGUGCUGCACCUUUCCAAAACCAGAACACCGAUCGGGAUUAUGGCCCCAACAAUUCUUCCUUCACGUCAGACCAAGUUCAAGAACCCUAUAACUUAACUGAAGGACUCCACGAAGGGAUCUUUCCAGACUUGGCAACUACAUAUCCUGACAUGUUGGAUAAAGAAUGGAACCUUUAUUCCUCAAGAGUGGCUCUGUCCAGUCAGGAGCCAUCUGGACCUCCCCUUCUGUUCUUGGCGGAAGAGACCAUUGCACACUCAGAGCCAGCAAAUAGAACUUCUCGAGUGAAACGGGCACAGGGCUCUGAUUCUGUCAGCCUUUCAAGAAGGGGAGAACAGUCGGUGUGCGACAGCAUAAACGUCUGGGUCACCGACAAACGACAGGCAGUAGAUAUUCGGGGUAAGACUGUUACUAUCUUGUCUGAAAUUCAGACACUCACAGGUCCCUUAAAGCAAUACUUUUUUGAGACCAAAUGCAACCCUCAAGGCAGCACCACCAGUGGUUGCCGAGGGGUGGACAAAAGACAAUGGAUAUCAGAAUGUAAACCAAAGCAGUCAUAUGUACGGGCACUAACUGCAUACGACAAGUUGGUGGGCUGGCGCUGGAUUCGAAUUGAUACAGCUUGUGUCUGCACCCUGUUGAGCAGGAGUGGAAGGACGUAGAAAUGGAGAGGGCAGAGGAUAAUCCUCCCCUUGGUUUACUGUGGUUAGGAGAAGCUGAUGGAGUUGUUUUUCUUUAAGCUGUUUACAGUAGGGCCUUACAGCCUGCAUCACACAUUCCUGGAGUCACGCCACAAAGCCAGCGUCUUAGAGGAUGGAAAAGUCACCAACAGCUGCCAUCAGGAGUCAUUUAACUUUACCAUGUUGGGAAGAAGCACAAAACUGGAUACAGGCAUACUGCAUUACCCGGACCAUACAGGACAAAAGUGUCACCUCCCGGUGAUUACUAAAUUUAGUGCCUUUUCAUUUUGAAUUUGCACAGUAAACUGUUAGCAUGUAUUUAAUUUCCAAGU